AUGCCGCCAAGGAAGAAGCCCAAGUCUUCAGCUUUGAAAUCAAACAAACAAUCUUCGGCCAAUCCUUCACAGCCUUCCAAUUUUGGCAUCCAGCAGCUGUUCCUUCGGCAUGUUCAGAACUCCCAAUCCAGCUCUCGUACCUCCACUGCCCCUCCAGUUGAUCUCCAGAAUGUGAAUGGGGUUGGCCCUAACACCGGAGUUUUAACGCCUCAAAAUCCUCCAAGCACGCUGGAUGAGAAACCUGAUGAGUCCAAAGAUGUGGACCAGCAACUUAUGGAGGAAUCUCCUGAACUCUCCAAAAACCUUAAGCGCUUCAAAUUCUCUCCUGGAAUGGUGCUGAUAAAGCAAAGUCAAGAUGAUGGUGGUGAAGAGAUAACUUGGAAAAUAUCUCCUGUAAACGAAAGACUUCGGGCAGCUGCUAAGCAAAUUCCUAAGAUGAUGGACUUGACAGAAAAUUCAGUAGGGUUUAAAUCUUCCACCAUUCGCCCUUGCUCUCUGGACAAGAAACAAUGUCAUACAUCAGAUAUAACCUCCAAGGUUGAGCAGUGGUUAUCUUCACCCUCAAAAAAAGCUUUCAAAAGACCAGCUUUUGUAGCAAAUAGGGUCAUGGAAAGGGUAAAUCCUUCCCCAGAUGCGGAGUUCGAAAUAAUUAACACAUCUAGUAGUGGAAACAGUCCUUUCCAGACCCCACCGUCACUUUCAUGCGCUCACAACAAGGUUCCUUCUACUGUAACAUGCAGCGAAGCUUGUGGAUAUACGGGCACUGGACAACAUAAAAAGGCGUUGCUUGAACUACUAGAUCAAGUGGAGGAUGUCAUCUCAGUUGAUGACAAAACAGCUGAUGAUGUGGGGACUGUGACGACCCAAGUUCAAAUUAAAGAUGAUAACAUCUGUUCUGUCGUUGAGGACGCUGUAGAUGGAGAGCCAAUUACUCUACAUAAAAAUCAAACUGUAAUAAAUCCAGAUAGCUAUUUCCUUGUAUUGGAGGUAUCUGAGAAACGUGGCCCGGCUGGCUCAUCUAAGGUUCACUGUCCUUAUAAGGUUCUUCGCCUGCUAGACGAGCACACUGGAAAAGAAUGUGCUUUGUAUCUCUGGGAUGAAUGGUUUUACAGCACUGUAUCACCAGGAGAUUCAAUCAAUGUUAUUGGAGAUUUUGACGGGGAUGGCAAGUGUGACGUGGACCAUCAAAAUAAUUUCUUAAUUGUUCAUCCUGAUACCCUUGUUGCUGGAACUAAAGUUGCAGCAAGUUUUGGUUGCCCAAGGAGAACCGUGCUAGAUGAGAGGCUAAGAUCCAAUGAACACGCUACAGCAGCCUUGCUUGGAACCUUGCUACACCAAGUUUUUCAGGCCGGUCUCACACAAGAGUCUCCAUCUGUAGAUGGUUUGCAGAAAUAUGCGAGCAUAGUGAUCACUAAAAAUAUUGAGAGCAUAUAUGCAUGUGGAGUGCAUGAGGGAGACGUGAAAGCAACCUUACUUGGAGCUAUCCCGAAAAUGUUGAAUUGGAUUCAUCAGUUCAGAUAUUCGAAGGACUCAAGGAUAUCAAAUGUUGAUUUUGGUUCUACCAAUGGGCAGAAAAUGGUUAAGAUAUCAGAGGUAAUUGAUAUUGAGGAGAUGUCAUGGGCCCCUAAAUAUGGUUUGAAAGGGAUGAUUGAUGCUUCAGUAAGAGUGAUAGUUGAAUCUGACAUGAACACAGUGCAUGAGAAAAUAAUGCCCCUUGAGUUUAAAUCUGGAAAAGCUCCUAAUGGUCAGUCAUCGAUGGAACAUUGUGCACAGGUGAUCUUGUACACACUCCUUAUGUCUGAGAGGUACCUGAAGCAUAUUGACCAUGGCCUUCUGUACUAUCUACAGUCAGAUCAGACUCAGGGAAUUUCUGUUCAAAGAUCAGAUUUGGUGGGUCUGAUUAUUCGUCGUAAUGAACUUGCAAAUGACAUCCUUGUGGCGUCAACAACCCAACAACUGCCUCCAAUGUUACGGAAUCCAAACAUAUGCCGCAACUGUCGCCAUCUGGAUGUCUGCACGAUUUAUCAUAAGGCAGAUGGUGGAAACACAGAGAGUAGUGGACUUGGUGAUGUCUUUGAUACACAUGUUUCUCAUCUUUCAACUUUGCAUUUUAAGUUCCUCCGACACUGGGACAGGCUGAUUGACUUGGAAGCUAGAGAGAUGGAGCUUCUACGGAAAGACAUUGCACGCCCACAUGGUUCAAAGGGCAAUCACUCAGCUAGUUAUCUUUCUUCUAUGGUUCUUGACAUGACAGAUGGGUUUCAGCAUGAUAACUCUCAUAAAGAAACUAGAUUCAUCUAUCGUUUUGUACGUCAAAACUCAUCUGAAUCUAGAGAAAGGGUACCCAGUGAUGAUACAAUUAGGACUGGAACCCCUGCAACUGAUGACCUGGAUUGCAAACUUAGAACAGGAGACCGCGUGAUUCUUCGUACAGAAGUCAGCCACCUGACUGUUGCAAAUGGGACUAUAGCAGAUAUUAGUCGCGCUCAUGUAACAGUUUCUUUAUCCAAGCGAUUACGUCUUCCUUGGAGCGAACCUUCUGCUGAGGUAUCUAAUCUCUCUCAUGAAAUAUGGAGAAUUUACAAGGAUGAAUACAUGACAUCAUUUUCGGUUAUGAGGUUUAAUCUCAUGCAGCUUUUCAUACAAAAUGGACAUAGCACUUGCAUCAGGAAAAUGAUUGUUGAUCUUGAGCCUCCUAGAUUUGACAAUGGAUCUAUACUGAGCCAGGAUCCCGCGAUAUCAUAUAUUUGGUCAGAAAAGAGCUUAAAUAAUGAUCAGCGUCAAGCUAUACUUAAGAUACUUACUGCAAAGGACUAUGCUUUGAUCCUAGGAAUGCCUGGAACAGGAAAAACCUCCACAAUGGUCCAUGCUGUGAAAGCUUUGUUGAUGAGAGGCUCAUCUAUUCUGCUUGCAUCAUACACAAACUCUGCUGUUGAUAAUCUACUUAUCAAAUUAAAAGCACAGGGAAUUGAGUUUCUACGUAUUGGAAGAGACGAGGCCGUACAUGAAGAAAUUCGAGAAAGUUGCUUUUCAGCUAUGGAUAUGUGCAGUGUUGAGGACAUCAAAACAAAGUUGAACCAGGUCAAAGUUGUGGCCUCUACUUGUUUGGGAAUCAAUAGUCCCUUGCUUGUGAAUAGGCGAUUUGACGUGUGCAUUAUUGAUGAAGCUGGCCAGAUCGCGCUCCCUGUUUCGAUAGGACCCUUGCUGUUUGCCUCUACAUUUGUACUUGUUGGUGACCACUAUCAACUACCGCCACUAGUGCAGAAUACAGAGGCUAGAGAAAAUGGGAUGGGAAUAAGCUUGUUUCGCAGGUUAUCAGAAGCUCAUCCUCAGGCAAUUUCAGUGUUACAAAACCAGUACCGAAUGUGUCGAGGUAUUAUGGAACUAUCAAAUGCGUUGAUAUAUGGAGACAGAUUAUGCUGCGGUUCCGCUGAAGUAGCCAAUGCCACACUUGCGCUUUCUACUUCCACUUCUAAUUCGUUAUGGCUUAAAAAGGUUCUGGAGCCAACCAGAACAGUUGUAUUUAUUAAUACAGAUAUGCUGCGUGCUUUCGAAGCUAGGGAUCAGAAUGCGAUCAACAAUCCAGUUGAAGCUUCCAUAAUAGCUGAGAUUGUAGAAGAGCUAGUUAACAAUGGAGUGGAUAGUAAAGAAAUUGGAAUCAUUACUCCUUAUAACUCACAAGCGAGCCUCAUUCAACACGCAAUUCCAAUGACGUCUGUGGAAAUACAUACUAUUGACAAGUAUCAGGGAAGAGAUAAAGACUGCAUAUUGGUAUCCUUUGUGAGGUCACGGGAGAAACCAAGGAGCUCUGCCUCUUCACUGCUCGGAGACUGGCAUAGAAUCAACGUUGCUUUGACACGAGCAAAGAAAAAGUUGAUAAUGGUGGGAUCGCAAAGAACACUCUCAAGAGUUCCACUUCUAAUGCUUCUGCUGAACAAGGUUAAUGAGCAGUCAGGUAUCUUGACUCUUUCUCCGGGGGAUCUAAAACCAUAA